AUGGCUCCCGCCUGCCAGAUCCUCCGCUGGGCCCUCACCCUGGGGCUGGGCCUCACAUUCGAAGUCAUACAUGCCUUCCGGUCUCAAGAUGAGUUCCUGUCCAGUCUGGAGAGCUAUGAGAUCGCCUUCCCCACUCGAGUGGACCACAAUGGGGCACUGCUGGCCUUCUCACCCCCGGCUCCCCGGAGGCAGCGUCGGGGCACAAGGCCAACGACAGAGUCCCGCCUCUUCUACAAGGUGGCUGCACCCAGCACCCACUUCCUGCUGAACCUAACCCGCAGCCCCCGCCUUCUAGCAGGGCACGUCUCCGUGGAGUACUGGACACGGGAGGGCCUGGCGUGGCAGAGGGCUGCCCGGCCCCACUGCCUCUACGCCGGCCACUUGCAGGGCCAGGCCGGCAGCUCCCACGUGGCCAUCAGCACCUGUGGGGGCCUGCACGGCCUGAUCGUGGCAGAUGAAGAAGAAUAUUUGAUCGAGCCCCUGCAAGGUGGGCCCAAAGGGGCCCAGGGCCCGGAGGAGAGUGGCCCCCAUGUGGUGUACAAGCGCUCCUCUCUGCGUCACCCCCACCUGGACACAGCCUGUGGAGUGAGAGACGAGAAACCGUGGAAGGGGCGGCCGUGGUGGCUGCGCACCCUGAAGCCGCCACCUGCCAGGCCCCUGGGGAAUGAAACAGAGCGUGGCCAGCCAGGCCUGAAGCGCUCGGUCAGCCGAGAGCGCUACGUGGAGACCCUGGUGGUGGCCGACAAGAUGAUGGUGGCCUACCACGGGCGCCGAGACGUGGAACAGUACGUGCUGGCCAUCAUGAACAUUGUUGCCAAACUUUUCCAGGACUCGAGUCUGGGAAACAUCGUUAAUAUCCUGGUGACACGCCUCAUCCUGCUCACGGAGGACCAGCCCACCCUGGAGAUCACCCACCACGCCGGGAAGUCCCUGGACAGCUUCUGUAAGUGGCAGAAAUCCAUCGUGAACCGCAGCGGCCAUGGCAACGCCAUUCCGGAGAACGGUGUGGCCAACCAUGACACAGCGGUGCUCAUCACGCGCUAUGACAUCUGCAUCUAUAGGAACAAACCCUGUGGCACUCUAGGCCUGGCCCCCGUGGGUGGGAUGUGCGAGCGCGAGCGGAGCUGCAGCAUUAACGAGGACAUCGGCCUGGCCACCGCCUUCACCAUCGCCCAUGAGAUUGGACACACGUUUGGCAUGAACCACGACGGCGUGGGCAACAGCUGCGGGGCCCGCGGCCAGGACCCGGCCAAGCUCAUGGCCGCCCACAUCACCAUGAAGACCAACCCUUUCGUGUGGUCAUCCUGCAGCCGCGACUACAUCACCAGCUUUCUGGACUCGGGCCUGGGGCUGUGCCUGAACAACCGGCCCCCCAGACAGGACUUCGUGUACCCAACGGUGGCACCUGGCCAGGCCUAUGACGCAGAUGAACAGUGCCGCUUCCAACAUGGAGUCAAAUCGCGUCAGUGUAAAUACGGGGAGGUCUGCAGCGAGCUGUGGUGUCUGAGCAAGAGCAACCGGUGCAUCACCAACAGCAUUCCAGCCGCCGAGGGCACGCUGUGCCAGACGCACACCAUCGACAAGGGGUGGUGCUACAAGCGCGUGUGUGUCCCCUUCGGGUCGCGGCCGGAGGGCGUGGACGGGGCCUGGGGCCCGUGGACCCCGUGGGGCGACUGCAGCCGGACGUGCGGCGGCGGCGUGUCCUCCUCCAGCCGGCACUGCGACAGCCCCAGGCCAACAAUCGGAGGCAAGUACUGCCUGGGUGAGAGGCGGCGACACCGCUCCUGCAACACCGACGACUGUCCCCCAGGCUCCCAGGACUUCAGGGAAAUGCAGUGCUCUGAAUUUGACAGCGUCCCCUUCCGUGGAAAAUUCUACACGUGGAAGACAUACCGAGGAGGGGGCGUGAAGGCCUGUUCACUCACAUGCCUGGCCGAAGGCUUCAACUUCUACACGGAGAGGGCAGCGGCCGUGGUGGACGGGACGCCCUGCCGCCCGGACACAGUGGACAUUUGUGUCAGUGGCGAGUGCAAGCAUGUGGGCUGCGACCGGGUCCUGGGCUCCGACCUGAGGGAGGACAAGUGCCGGGUUUGCGGUGGUGACGGCAGCGCCUGUGAAACCAUCGAGGGGGUCUUCAGCCCAGCUUCACCUGCAAUCGGGUAUGAGGAAGUCGUCUGGAUCCCCAAAGGCUCCGUCCACAUCUUCAUCCAGGACCUGAACCUCUCCCUCAGUCACCUGGCUCUGAAGGGGGAGCAGGAGUCCCUGCUGCUGGAGGGGCUGCCCGGGACCCCCCAGCCCCACCGCCUGCCCCUGGCUGGGACCACCUUUCAGCUGCGGCAGGGGCCAGAUCACACGCAGAGCCUAGAAGCCCUGGGACCCAUAAAUGCGUCUCUCAUCGUCAUGGUGCUGGCCCGGACUGAGCUGGCUGCCCUCCGCUACCGCUUCAACGCGCCCAUCGCCCGAGAUGCACUGCCCCCCUACUCCUGGCACUACGCACCCUGGACCAAGUGCUCGGCCCAGUGUGCCGGCGGCAGCCAGGUGCAGGCCGUGGAGUGCCGCAAUCAGCUGGACAGCUCGGCCGUGGCUCCCCACCAUUGCAGUGCCCACAGCAAACUGCCCAAGAGGCAGCGCGCCUGCAACACAGAGCCCUGUCCGCCCGACUGGGUGGUAGGCAACUGGUCGCGGUGCAGCCGCAGCUGUGAUGCGGGUGUGCGCAGCCGCUCCGUCGUGUGCCAGCGCCGCGUGUCAGCUGCCGAGGAGAAGGCGCUGGACGACAGCGCGUGCCCGCAGCCGCGCCCGCCGGUCCUGGAGGCCUGCCAAGGCCCCGCCUGCCCUCCCGAGUGGGCCGCCCUGGACUGGUCGGAGUGCACCCCGAGCUGCGGGCCCGGCCUCCGCCACCGCGUCGUCCUGUGCAAGAGCUCGGACCACCGCGCCACGCUGCCCCCCGCGCACUGCCCGCCCGCAGCCAAGCCUCCGGCCACCAUGCGUUGCAACUUGCGCCGCUGUCCCCCGGCUCGCUGGGUGACGGGCGAGUGGGGCGAGUGCUCCGCGCAGUGCGGCAUCGGGCAGCAGCAGCGCGCCGUGCGCUGCUCCAGCCACACGGGCCAGCCGUCCCGCGAGUGCGCAGAGGCUCUGCGGCCCCCGGCCACGCAGCAGUGCGAAGCCAAGUGCGACAGCGCGCCCCCCGGGGACGGCCCCGAAGAGUGCAAGGAUGUGAACAAGGUCGCCUACUGCCCCCUGGUGCUCAAAUUUCAGUUCUGCAGCAGAGCCUACUUCCGCCAGAUGUGCUGCAAAACCUGCCAGGGCCGCUAG